CUGGGCCUGGCACAGCCCUUCAGGAUUACCAAGAAUUGCCACACAAAACAAUUUAUUUUACCACUCAGUUUCAACUCCAGUAGCCAGCAUCAGGUGAUUCUUGAGACAAUAGUUAAAACAUGGACACAGAAGAAAUAUUGCUUGUAUAUGAUUGUACACUUUCAAGAGAUCACUGGUGGUUUGAUCAAGUCCAUGGAAACGUAAUGGACAUGGACGUGAAGGAUUCUAGAGUUGGAAGAAACAAGUGAAGGAGAAAGUUAACUUACUAGCUUUUGAUGAAGAGACUGAGUUUUUGUAAUUUCCAUACAAGUGAAGAGAAAAAUAGGAUCAUGGAAGGCUGAGUACUUCUUUAAAAAAAAAGACAGCUAUUGGAGCUGUAUCAUCAGAGACUAUUUAGAACAGCCUGUUGCCCCAGGCAUGACAAGUUUGUGAAAACCUGGGCUAACCUGUUGGGACACCCUGCAGGAUAGAUGGGACUAGACUGUUCAAGAUAAAAUCCAUCAAGUACCAGAAUCUUGGUAUGUUUCUUGGGAAACAGCGUUUGAGAUCUGUCCGGGUCAUGCACGCAAACUGCUCAGACUGAGCGUCUGGGCCCCGACCUCGUCUGUCUUCAUACUGACACUAGUUGCAUCCGUGGUCUCACUUGUGCUGUUCCUACACUGUUUGGAAAAGGUGCUCACUCUCUUGAAUCUCAGGGUAUCACCAGCAUGAGGUUGUUUGAACCUUCUGGACUUCAUGGAAUUGUCUCCUGACCACCUAGCAUUGGAUGGUACAACUCAAUGUCGCUUCAUUGAGCACUUGUGAAGCAUGUGAACAUGAAAGAUAUUUACUUUGGAGAUGACAGCAGUGGCCUCUUCUGUGCUCUAAAUGAUGACCAUCUCAAUGGCCUUGUCCUUGGACACGUAUCAGGUGGACACCGCCCGGAUGAAGAAGAGGAGGAAGAGGUUGUGAUUGGGUGGCAGGAGAAGCUCUUUAGCCAGUUUGAAGUAGAUCUGUACCAAAAUGAAUCCGCAUGUCAGAGUCCUUUGGAUCAUCAGUACCGCCAAGAGGUCCUGAAGCUGGAGAAUUCCGGCGGCAGGAAAAACCGGCGGAUCUUCACGUACACCGACUCUGACAGAUACACCGACUUGGAAGAGUACUGUCAGAAAAUAACCACUGCAGCCAGUGAGGUGCCGUCAUUUCUGGUUGAGCGGAUGGCGAACGUCAGGCGGCGCCGCCAGGACAGGCGAGGGAUGGAGGGCAGCAAACUCAAGUCUCGCAUCAUCACCUGGGAGCCCUCGGAAGACUUCAUCAGGAACAGCCACGCCAUUAACACCCCUCUUCAGACCAUGUACAUUAUGGCAGACCUGGGGCCCUAUGGAAAGCUUGGCUAUAAGGCGUAUGAGCACGUACUCUGCAUUCUGAAGGUGGACAGCAAUGGAGUGAUCACAGUGAAGCCUGACUUUACCGGCAUCAAAGGACCCUACAGAAUUGAGACUGAGGGAGAGAAACAGGAAUAUACUUCUGCUUGGAAAUACACUAUCGACAACGUGUCCUCCCUCGCACAGCCGGAAGAGGAGGAGCGGGAGCAGCGUGUGUUCAAGGAUCUUCAUGGCCGCCACAAAGAGUACCUCAGCAGCCUCGUGGGCACAGACUUUGAGACGACCAUCCCAGGUGCCCUCCGGCUCUUUGUAAAUGGAGAGGUAGUUUCGGCCCAAGGCUAUGAGUAUGACAACCUCUACAUCCAUUUCUUUGUGGAGCUGCCAGCUACUAACUGGUCAAGCCCAUCAUUCCCGCAGUUCUCAGGAGUGACCCAGACCUGUGCCACCAAAUCCCUGGGAAUGGACAAGGUGGCCUAUUUCUCCUACCCAUUCACAUUUGAAGCCUUCUUUCUCCACCAGGAUGAGUCGGCUGACGCCCUCCCAGAGUGGCCCGUGCUCUACUGUAAGGUCCUCUCCCUGGACUUCUGGCAGAGGUACCGUGUGGAAGGCUAUGGGGCUGCGGUGCUGCCGGCCAUCCCAGGCUCACACACCCUGACCAUCUCCACGUGGAGGCCCAUGGAGCUGGGCCUUGUGGCAGAGCUAAGGAGGUUCUUCAUAGGCGGUUCCCUGGAGCUGGAGGACCCCUCCUACGUGAGGAUACCGGGAACCUUCAAGGGGGAGCGUCUGAGCCGAUUUGGAUUCCGAACUGAGACGACAGGUACUGUCACCUUCCGCCUGCACUGCCUGCAGCAGUCCAAGGCUUUCAUGGAAUCCAACUCCCUACGGAAACAGAUGCGGAGCGUGUUGGACCGCCUGGAAGGGUUCAGUCAGCAGAGUUCCACACACAAUGUGCUAGAAGCCUUCCGUCGAGCCCGGCGCCGCAUGCAAGAGGCCCGCGAGAGCCUCCCCCAGGACCUUGUGAGCCCCUCAGGAACACUGGCCUAGCUCUCUGCAGCCCUGGCCUGUGGAGCAAGAGUACACUCACUUCAUCUUGCUUUUUAGAGACCACAUUGGUCUACCAAAUUGGAUGAUCUAGAAGCUUCCAGCUGGCUCCUCUGUGUAGCCUUCAGCAGGACUUUCUUCCCUAUGGAAGUAAAGCCAGAGACUCUGGGGCCCCGUGUGACCCCUCUCUUCAUGUUUCAGCUACCAAACAUGGGCUUCAUAACCAGGCAGGCUGUGUAGUCCGAGACUCCUGUGGUGUGAGCCCAGGGUUAGCCUAUCAUUGACACAAUGUCUUUUCUGAUUUGUCACAUAGUCUUAGUGGCAGAGAAAACUCUUGUUUCACAGACCUUAAAAAUGGAGUUUGGCGUCCAGGAGUAGUGGCACAUGCCUUUAAUCCCAGCACUUGGGAGGCAGAGGCAGAUGGAUCUCUGUGAAUUCAAGGUCAGCCUGGUCUACAGAGUGAGUUUCAGGACAGCCAAAGUGGCAUAGGGAGACCCUGUAUCAAAACAAACAAACAAACAAACAAACACCAGCAAAGUGGAAUUUGGCAUCAUCCAAGGAGAAAGACGCAUGAGAGACCUCAGUCUCUCUUAUCUUCCAAGAAAAGUGGAGGCAAAGAGGCCUCAACUUCCUGACUAAAUUUCUGUCCCCUUUUCUCAGGCAGCUUCAUUUUACAGUGUAUGUCUGACCAAGUUUAGGACAUGGCCUGGGGUAGUUCUCUGCCCUUCCUGUUAGCUACGUAAGGUCUUUCAUUGUGUUUGUUUGUUUUUCAUAUAAAAAUAUUUAUAUUGACUGAU